AUGAGUCUAAAUUCCUGGGCCGAUUUCCUUUCCGAAAAGGUUCAUUCUUGGUCUGUGGAUGCCAACCAAUUCAUUGCUGAUGAAGAGGAUGCCACUUAUAGCUGCCGCAUUUCUGGUGUGCUUUUACUGGAAGAGGUAGUCAAUUCUUUUGACAAUGAAGGAUUUCUGGCCAUCAUAGAUGCUGCAAAACAAUGGUUCACCGAGUCUCAAAUAAGAAAAGUGGCUGGCAAUGCAAGCUGGUGGAGGAUAAGAGAAGCCACUCUUUUUGCCUUGUCAUCUCUUUCAGAACAACUGCUUGAGACACAGGAAUCAGGGUUUAAGACAAGUAACUUGAAGAACAUGAUUGAGCAGAUUGUUGCCGAGGACUUUCUAAUAGAUUCUCUUGAAUACCCCUUUCUAUAUGCUCGUGUUUUUACUUCAGUUGCCAAAUUCUCCUCUGUGUUAAGCAGUGGAGUACUAGAGCACUCUCUUGAUGCAGCUUUGAAGGCAAUUACAAUGAAUGUGCCUCCACCUGUAAAAGUAGGUGCCUGCAGGGCACUUGCUCAGCUUCUCCCUAAAGCGAAGAAAGAAAUUGUUCAACCACAAUUACUGGGUUUAUUUUCAUCCCUUACAGAUCUUCUUAAUCAUGCAUCAGAUGAAACCUUGCACAUGGUACUUGAAACAUUGCAAGAAGCAGUAAAGGCAGGCCAUGAAUCACCCGAAAUAGUGGAACGUGUUAUAUCUCCUGUAAUCCUUAAUGUAUGGGCAUCACAUGUUUUGGAUCCUUUUAUCAGUAUUGAUGCACUUGAAGUUCUUGAGGCAAUCAAAAGCAUUCCUGGAUGUAUACAUCCAUUGGUUUCCAGAAUUUUACCAUAUAUUGGACCAAUUUUAAAUAAACCCCAAGAGCAGGCUGAUGGUCUGGUAGCUGGUUCACUAGAUCUGGUGACAAUGUUACUGAAGAAUUCCCCUGGCGAUGUAGUGAAAGCAAUAUAUGAUGUCUGUUUUGAUGCUGUUAUUAGAAUUAUCCUUCAAAGUGAGGAGCAUAGUGAAAUACAGAAUGCUACGGAAUGUUUAUCUGCUUUUAUAUCUGGGGGAAAACAAGAACUUCUUUUCUGGGGACUUGAUUCUGGAUCUACUAUGAGAAGCUUACUUGAUGUAGCUUCAAGAUUACUAGACCCAAAUUUGGAAAGCUCUGGGUCUCUUUUUGUUGGGAGUUAUAUUCUUCAACUAAUAUUGCAUUUACCAUCACAAAUGGCUGUACAUAUACGUGACCUGGUUGCGGCUCUUGUCAGACGUUUGCAAUCUGCUCAAAUUGCUUCCCUGAGAAGCUCCUUGCUAGUUGUUUUUGCCAGAUUGGUACACAUGAGUGUUCCUAAUGUUGGACAAUUUAUUGAUUUGCUAAUUUCUGUUCCAGCUGAGGGACACAAUAAUUCCUUUGCUUAUGUAAUGUCAGAAUGGGCUAAGCAACAAGGUGAGAUACAGGGGGCCUAUCAAAUAAAAGUUACUACAAGUGCCCUGGCCUUGUUGCUAAAUAGCAGACACAAUGAACUGGAAAAAAUUCAAGUUCAAGGUCAUCUGAUUAAGUCUGGCACAGGAAUAACCACAAGAUCAAAAGCUAAAUCAGCUCCAGAUCAGUGGGUAAUGUUGCCACUUCCUACAAAGAUUGUGGCUUUACUGGCAGAUGCAUUAACUGAAAUACAAGAACAAGUUUUGGCUGGUGAAGAUGAGGAUAGUGAUUGGGAAGAAGUUCAAACAGAUGGCGUUGAAAAUGGUAAAGAAUUUUUUCAUUCAGUGUCGGCUAUGGGAAAACCCACAUACGAACAUCUUGAAGCAAUGGCCAAAGUAUUUAGUGAGGAUCAAGACGAUCAGUACGAAGAUGACCUUUUAAAUGUUGCGGAUCCUCUUAAUCAGAUAAAUCUGGUAAAUUACCUUGUGGAUUUCUUCGCUAACUUCUCACAGUCUGACAGAGAGCUCUUAGAUCAUAUUUGCAAGAGCUUGACUCAGCCUCAACAAAGUGCAAUUCAAAUGAUACUGCAAAGAUGA